AUGGAGCAGUACAGCAUUCUGGGUCGCAUUGGAGAAGGAGCUCAUGGAAUCGUGUUCAAGGCUAAACAUGUGGAGACGGGCGAAACAGUGGCGCUGAAGAAGGUUGCUCUCAGGCGUUUGGAGGACGCCAUUCCCAAUCAAGCCCUGCGGGAGAUCAAGGCCCUUCAGGAAAUUGAGGACAAUCAGCACGUGGUGAGGCUGAAAGAUGUCUUCCCACACGGCACCGGCUUUGUCCUGGUAUUUGACUUCAUGCUUUCCGACCUCUCAGAGGUCAUCCGAGACUCCCGGCAGCCUCUGACCCCAGCACAGGUCAAAGGGUACAUGCUAAUGCUGCUGAAGGGCGUAGCCUUCCUGCAUCAAAACAACAUUAUGCACAGGGACCUGAAGCCUGCCAACCUCCUCAUCAGCUCAUCAGGGCACCUUAAAAUCGCUGAUUUCGGUCUUGCUCGCCUGCUCAGUCAGCGGGAAGAGCGUCUCUAUAGCCAUCAGGUGGCCACCAGGUGGUAUCGUGCUCCUGAGUUGCUGUACGGAGCCAGAAAAUAUGACGAAGGGGUCGACCUUUGGGCAGUAGGUUGUAUUUUUGGGGAGCUGCUGAACUCAUCUCCUCUGUUUCCUGGCGAGAAUGACAUCGAGCAGCUGUGUUGUGUCCUCAGGGUGCUCGGCACGCCCACGUGUGACACCUGGCCUGAGAUGGCAGAGUUGCCGGAUUAUAAUAAAAUCACCUUUAAGGAGAAUCCUGCCAUUCCAUUGGAGGUGGUUGUCCCAGACUCCUCCCCCCACGGUAUCAGCCUGCUCUACAAAUUCCUGGUUUACUCUUCCAAGCGACGAUGCCCCGCCCAGAAGGCUCUCCUCCAUCCGUACUUCUUCUACCCGCCGCUUCCUGCCCACCACUCGGAACUGCCCAUCCCUCAGAGGGGUGGCGGGCACCACUUCCACCCGCGACUGCAGGCGGCGCCUGGCGACUUCUCGGUGGAUCUCCCCCUGAAGAACAGUGUGGUUCAGCCUUCACUGCUGCGUCGACACGCCUCCUGCCUGUGA